AUAAUGAUUUAAAGUGGACUUCAAAUAACAGUGGUGUAAAUUACUUAAGUAAAAUUACUUGAAAGUACUACUCAAGUAGUUUUUGGGGGUAUCUGUACUUUACUAUUUCUAUUUUUGACAACUUUUACUUUUACUUCACUACAUUCCUAAAGAAAAUAAUGUACUUUUUUAAACGUAUUAAUACAUUUUCCCUGACACCCAAAGUACUCGUUACAUUUUGAAAUCUUAAUCAGGACAUGAAAAUGGUCUAAUUCACACACUUAACAGAGAACAUUCCUGGUCAUCCCCUGCCUCUGAUCUGGCGGACUCACUAAACAGAGAACAUACCUGGUCAUCCCUACUGCCUCUGAUCUGGUGGACUCACUAAACAGAGAACAUCCCUGGUCAUCCCUACUGCCUCUGAUCUGGAGGACUCACUAAACAGAGAACAUCCCUGGUCAUCCCUACUGCCUCUGAUCUGGAGGACUCACUAAACAGAGAACAUCCCUGGUCAUCCCUACUGCCUCUGAUCUGGAGGACUCACUAAACAGAGAACAUACCUGGUCAUCCCUACUGCCUCUGAUCUGGUGGACUCACUAAACAGAGAACAUCCCUGGUCAUCCCCUGCCUCUGAUCUGGUGGACUCACUAAACAGAGAACAUCCCUGGUCAUCCCUACUGCCUCUGAUCUGGUGGACUCACUAAACACAUGCUUAAUUUGUAAAUGAUGUCUGAGUGUUGGAGUGUGCUCCUGGCUAUCUGUUUUUUUUUUUUACGAUACCGCCUGGUUUGCUUAAUAUAAGGAAUUUGAAACGAUUGAUACUUUUACUUUUACCACUUAAGUAUAUUUGAUCAAUUACAUUUACUUUUGAUACCAUUCAUGAGGCUUGAUACUUAAUAAGUAUAUUUAAAACCAAAUAAUUUUAUACUUUUACUCAAGUAGUAUUUUACUGGCUGACUUUCACUUUUACUUGAGUCAUUUUCUAUUAAGGUAUCUUUACUUUUACUCAAGUAUGACAAUUGGUUACUUUUACCACCCCUGCCUAAUAAGCGCACUUUGUAUAAAUGCAAACCAUCGAAAUCCUAUUCAAUUGUUCUAAUUUAAACCCCCAUCCAGCUAGCGGCGCUGUUGUGUGUUUCCGAGUUUUCUACCCGCUAGAACCAAGGAUUUUUCUCAAAUUCCUUGACUAGAACACGGAAGUAGAUUUGAACACAACACUUCUUGUGUGGGGUCAAGACAUAUUGACUGAGCUUAAUAAACUACUCAACUGAAAAUGUCUAAACUACAGUUGUUUCAUGUGUUUUUAAAUGAGCGCUUAACGGCGGCUGCUAUGGAGAUUUUCGGAGAAGUUGAGAAAACGGUAGUGGAGUACCAGGAGGAGAAUGAUCGGCUACGGAGACUGCUUCGGAUCACAUCGGAGAUAAAACUAUGUAGAAGAGAGUCCCUGCAGCUCUCUGUCUCUGAAGAGGAGGUUCCCCCCGAGCAGCAGCACUGUGAGCAGGAGUGGAGCCCCAGUCUGGGGCAGGAGGACCCAGAGACCAUACAGAUUAAAGAGGAACAGGAGGAUCUCAGGACCAGUCAGGAGGAAGAGCAGCUUCAAGGGCUCUUUGAUACUGAAAACUCCAUAUUCACUCCUCCCUGUGUGAAACGUGAAUGUGAUCAGGACCCACAUUGGUCCUUGACUCUUCCCCAAACCCAGACUGUGGAGAACCGAGAGAGAGACUCUAAACCAGUGGAUCUCACACCCUUUGGAAUUGUGACCCACCUAAAGGGUUCAAAAAUUCCCUGUGACCCUCCAGAUAAUCAGAACAAUGCCUACAGCCGCAGCUCAGCUGUAAGCAGAAACCCAGUAGGACUUGACAGCAGCCCACCAUUGGAUCUGAACCCACCAAUGGGGGAACUCUGCACCUGCCCCUUUUGUGGCAAGAACUUCAAACAAAAAGGACAUCUGUCCAUGCACAUGAGGAUUCACACAGGAGAGAAACCUUUUAGCUGUGGUGACUGUGGUAAGAGCUUUAUUCAAAAGGGGGACCUAAGAAGGCAUAUCCUGACUCACACAGGAGAGAAACCAUUUAGCUGUAAUUUUUGCUGUAAAAGCUUUAGUCAAAAGGGGGACCUAAGGAGGCAUAUACUGACUCACACAGGAGAGAAACCACAUGGCUGCUCCGUCUGCGGUAGAACGUUCAUUCGUAAGGCUCAUCUGCUGAAGCACGUGAACAACGUCCACAAAGAAAGAAAACAGGAUGGAAACUAAUGAGGACAAAGAUCUCUUGUCAGAAGAUGGAAAUAACAGGCAGGAUUUGGACAACACUCGUAGGAAAACAAAUCAACUCUGGAUCAUUUCAUGCUUUGGGUUUCAGAUAAAUAGAGGCGUGAUCAAGUUAUGUCUUUCAACAUUCUAUGUAAAUAAAGUUUGAUUUGAUUCGAAUGAUGAUGUAAUGAUUAAACAUAACACAGUAUUGUAGGAAGCUCGCCGGUCUGCUGUUCAGUCUGUUGAUGUUUUCACGUUAUUAGAAACAGGAAUUCCUGGUCCUUUUAUUUAGAAUGUCUCCCAGGGGAUGAGAGAAUGGUCAGACUGAUGUUAUUUAGACAUUAAAACAAAGUGCACCCUGCAUCCCACUGCUGGCUUGCUUCUGAAGCUAAGCAGGGUUGGUCCUGGUCAGUCCCUUGAUGGGAGACCAGAUGCUGCAGGAAGUGAUGAUGGAGGGCCAGUAAGAGGCACCCUUUCCUCUGGUCUAAAAAAAUAUCCCAAUGCCCCAGGGCAGUGAUUGGGGACAUUGCCCCAUCUAUGGUGCCGUCUUUCGGAUGGGACGUUAAACGGGUGUCCUGACUGUCUGUGGUCACUAACGAUCCCAUGGGACUUAUUGUAGGAGUAGGGGUGUUAACCCUGGUGUCCUGACUGUAUUCCCACUCUGGCCCUCAUACCAUCAUGGCCACCCAAUCCUCCACAGCUUCCAAUUGGCUCAUUCAUCUCCUCUCCCCUGUAACUAUUCCCCAGGUCGUUGCUGUAAAUGACAAUGCGUUCUCAGUCAACUUACCUGGUAAAGUAAGGGAUUAAAGAAAACGUGUACUUUCCAGAAAUGACUGAAUCUCCCAUCUGUUCAGCAGUAUUUCUCAUCAAUUGUCUUAAUGCUGCUCAUUCCUGAUAUUGUUUGAAUCUUUUCAAAAGUGUUUUUCCAGACCCAAUUCAAUAACAUUCUUUUCAAUCUAAUGAUAAAAGCAUUCUGAGAUAUAGUGCCUCCUGUGAAAAGAUAAACGGCGUGCUCGACCUUAUAAGAAUCUUAAAUCGGACACUGGAUCCUCGUGUAUAUAAUUCAAAGAACAGAGAUAGGACAGCACUACGGUAAAUAAACUUAAAUGGACUUUUUUUUUUAUGUGGCGCAUGAACGUUUCGGUUAUGAGGCCUUUCUUCAGCGUCCAAGUCGAUGGCAAUCAAUGUUACAACGACUAUACGACGCAGGCGUGCGUAAUUCUAAAUUUCCAAUCGGUAUUGUCCCAGCGAGAUCCCAGCAGAGGGAGCUGUGGGGGAAACCAUGACAAUCACAUAAAGACAGACUCACAAUGCAAAUGCUUUAUGAUGUCACUAUGAUGUCAUUACCUGUCACUAUGAUGUCAUUACCUGUCACUGAUGUCAUUUCCUGUCACUAUGCUGUCAUUUCCUGUCACUAUGAUGUCAUUACCUGUCAUUUUGAAGUCAUUACCUGAAUGUCUGGCCUAUCUAGAACCUACUAUUAAAAAAAAUAAAAGAACAUUCCUCAUUUGAGGUCUGCUGGGGCAAAAGGUCUUGCUGGGGCAAAAGUGACCAAGUGAUCUAUCCAAACUGUCUCUCUUUGGAGAAGUAAUGCCUCUCAACCCCUAGGUGUCGCCUUCACCUAUCCAAUGCCCAUAUAACCUAAGCCACUUAGUUCAUGAUCAUGGCUGUUGAAAUGCCUGGCGACAGGUGAUUUCUUUCCUCAUGGUUCUGAAUGGAGCUCUUUAUGCUCAGAUAUCCUCGUCUUAAGUUCAUGUUUGGUCUUACCCACAUAAUAAAAGUUACAGGAACACUUACGGAGAUAUAACAACAUAUUUCAUGUUACAUGUUAUUCUACCUCAAACCUUUAUCCUCCCACCUGAAUGGGGAGUUCCCUCUGAUCACGGCGUAACAGUGGACACAGUUGUGACAAGGGAAAUUACCAUCCGGAAUAAUAAAAACUUGUUUCUUCGACAUAUCUGACCUUACUAAACAAUCCCAUAAACGUGAGUCUCUUCUAGCAAUACCUUGGGGAGGAUUCAAACGCUUUACCAAAGCUGUUGUCACUGUGUAGUAAGUGCUCACUGUCACUUCUGUCCCAAGCCGUUGUCAGGGAUACCCGUUGUCAGGGAUACCUGUGUUACAAUGUCUUCUUAUCUUUCCUCGUUUUAAAAUUAUCAAUAUUUUUAUGUUAUUUUACAGUUCAAUACAACAAUAAAACACAGUGUACAAAACAUUAAGAACACCUGCUGUUUCCAUGACAUAGACUGACCAGGUGAAUCCAGGUAAAAGCUUUGAUCCCUUAUUGAUGUCACUUGUUAAAUCCAUUUCAAUCAGUGUCGAUGAAGGAGAGGAGACGGGUUAAAGAAGGAUUUUUAAGCCUUUAGACAUGGAUUGUAUAUGUGUGCCAUUCAAAGGGUGAAUGGGCAAGACAAAAGAGGGUGAAUGGGCAAGACAAAAGAUUUAAGUGCCUUUGAACGAGGUAUGGUAGUAGGUACCAGGCGCACCGGUUUGUGUCAAGAACUGCAACACCGAUGGGUUUUUCACGCGCAAACAGUUUCCCGUUUGUAUCAAGAAUGGUCCACCACCCAAAGGACAUCCAGCCAACUUGACACAACUGUGGAAAGAAUUGGAGUCAGCAUGGGACAGCAUCCCUGUAUUCUGAUGGCAAA